UUCACUCUAAAAUAGUGGCAGAAGUGCUCAUGUCCCAGUGUCAGGCACGGGCGUUUCUUCCUCGUUUCCUCCUCGUUUUAUUGUUCUGUUGUGUUCUGUUCUCGUGAUGCUCCAGCCGUCAGUGAUGUGUCAGGUGUGUUUUUUCGAUAGAGAAUCGCGGGAAGCAUCGAUCGUCGAGGUCAAAGGACAGUUGUGAGGAUCUCCAGAGGGAUUAGACUGCGAGUCGAGCCCUCGGAGGCGCUCGAGCUUUUCGAAUCAUUGUUGACUGUUUAGGAGUUUCGUUCAUCAGUUAUGAGGCGGUGUGGGGUCUGUGGUGCGUGACAAUGACUCAGGGACUGCGCUGGGAUUAAUUACGAAGGGAGACAAAGAGAUUAAUUCAGAGUGUUGCGGGAUUAUUCGGUGUUUUCAACGGCUGAUUGGAGAAAAAUUGAGGAAUUAAGGAUUUGGAAUUUUUUGGAGUGCUCAAUCGAGUGCACAACUGUUUUUUAUUCGGGCAAAUUAAUUUAUCAUUUGAAUUUUUUUUUAUAAUUGAGGUUAUUUAAUUAAUUAUUAAUUUUCAUUUUUUUAAAAUUAAUUUUUCUAUGAGCUCGGAUUUUCUUGGAGUGUUUAAUCAAGUUUUGAACUGUUUUUAUUGAGGGGAAUUGAUUAAUAAAUAGUUAAAUUGAACAAUCUAUUUAAAAAAUUGAGGAGAAAAUGAAUAAUUCAGUGGCAGCAGCUCCCAGGACGUCGAUAGCAUCGAAUCGCAACUCCCACAGGUCGACCCUCCUGAAGGUGGUUAUCCUGGGGGACGGAGGGGUCGGCAAGUCCUGCCUGAUGAACAGAUUUGUUUCCAAUCACUUCGACGAACACAGUUUUCACACUAUUGGGGUGGAGUUCCUGAACAAGGACAUUGAGAUCAAUGGGGAGGCGUACACUCUCCAGAUUUGGGACACUGCGGGCCAGGAGAGGUUCAAAACCCUCAGGACACCGUUCUACAGGGGCUCCGACAUAUGCCUGCUGACCUACGCUGUUGACGACAGGACGAGCUUCAAGAAUUUGGCGCUCUGGAGGUCGGAGUUUCUUUAUUAUGCCGAUGUGCAGGAUGGAGCGCUCUUUCCGUUCAUUGUCGUUGGGAACAAGGUUGAUGUACCAGACCUGGAGAAGCAGAUCUCCACCGAGGAAGCUCGCGCCUGGUGCGCGGAGAACGGCAAUCCCCCACUAGUGGAAACAUCAGCGAAAAAUGCGACCAAUGUCGAGGAGGCUUUUGGCGCAGCUGUGACAGCCUGGGCGAAACUCGAAGCCAAAUUGGAACGGCCUUUCGUCGAAGACACUGUGGAUUUAUCGAAACAGCAGUCACCCCAUCGCUCCAGCUGCUGUAUGCCCAUGACCAGUGCCGAGUAGGCAGCAGGGAAAAAUGCAGCAGUGAGUGCCCAGCCCCGAUAUCUCGACGAUUUGAGACUGGAGAAUGGACAGUGCAAAUUAAAUUAUUUUUGUUAUUCAACCAAAGGAAAUUGAUUUUUCUUGCUCGAGAGAGUUUUGGGUUUCAAGCGUUGAAACAAUGUCCAUUGUUGAUGAUGAUACGUGUCCAUGAGAAAUUGUGAUGAUGCUAUUGAAGGAAUGAGUGAUUCUGGAGUGAAGUUUUCAUGAAAAAAUUCAAGUUUUUGUUGGGAAUUUUUUGAUUAUUUUGAUAAUGAGAGGAUUUAGACGAAAUUUCUGAGGGAAUUUUUUUUUAUACAGAAUUAAAAUAGUUUUGUAACGUUAAUUCCAGCAUUAACGUUAAGUUAAUUAAAUCGGAUAAUGUCAAGGCCAAUGGGACGUCUUUUCUAAAGGCCUAACUGUCUGGAUAACGAGGGGUUCUACAUGAAAAUGUUAUGAGACAUGACAAAAUGUUUUUUGGUAUUUUCUGGUAGAUCUACUCGUUCUCGAGAUAAUCCUUUUGAACCACUCGAUUCCUGAGUUGAAACCAAAACGAAGGCAUGGCAAUUAACAGCAGCUUUUGUUUUUAGGUGUAAUAACAAAAUAAUAUGAAUGGAAUUGUGAACCAGGCAUAGACUGCCUGUAGCACAAAACUAUAAAUAAAUAUAUAUUUGUAAUGGCAUGAGAGAAGUAAACAAAUUAUAAUAAGAAUAAAUCAGCACUCACUUACGUUAUCACGUGCCACAAUUAAAUGAUUCAGAUAAAAAAUACUGAGUAAUAUUCUCAAUAAUCGUAUUACUCAACGAAUUGUACAUAAUUACAAACAAAUAAUUGAACAAUAAGACACUUGAAUGCCUGAUCUCGAAUUUGUGUACAUUAUUUCUCAUUCACAUAAAGUUCAUUAAUUUGAGUUGAACAAAUUUUGAAGCAUUAAUUAAGAAAAAAAAGAUGAUGAAGUGAAAAAAAUUGAGGAAAGGUUGAAUUCAACUGGCGAACUAAUCAUCAUCAUUAAAAAUCAUUGAAAAUGUCUCUCAAUGGGAGAAUUUAAUCAGCUUGUGGUGCGCUUGUUGAUAUGCGUUGAAUAAUCCCAGUAUUAGUAUUAAUAAAUAAUAAAAUAACUAAUGAACCAUUGUCAUGUGAUAAUGUUUUAAUUAAUAGUUGGAACGCAGUUAAAAUCCACGUGUAUUUAGCUUAAUCAUUUGUAUCUGCCUUAUAGUAGCUAAUGAACUCGAAUAAAUCGCAAUUGAUUUACAAAAAAUUAACAUUUCGAUGAAAAAAUUACGAAAGUCAACGAAAAAAUUGUACAAUUCAGGAACUAAAAAUUAUCUCAACUAGUGCUUGUGAAAUUAAAUUUUAUAAUUGAAUGAUUGAUGUAAAUUAUAAUUUUUUAACGAUUAAAUUAUUCAUAAAUUUGCAGAUAUGUGUAAGAAAGUUAAUUACACUUUAAUUAGUCGUAUGAUAAUGACGAGUGAGAGACCCUAUCACAAGUGAUUGAGUUAUCUGGAGGAUUGAUUACGCAAGCGUUAAUCAUGCAGUAAUAGUUCAUAAUCAUUAAAUCGAUAAUUAUGCAAAAUUUAUCAGGAAAGAUAUUUUCGGAUUGAGCAAUUAAGAGAGGGUGAGAAAAAAUGGCUCCACUAAAUCUUCGAUGUCUCUUGAACGAAUGAUGCAUUUUUCAAAUUUCACUCUACCAAUCCCGAGCUAUUGACAACUGAAGGAAGCCAUUCUGAGCCAGUCGUGAUUUCUUUAUGACUCCAUCAACGGUCAGACCAACCAUAUUUUUAUCAAUCUCCAAACCAAUUUUUUACGCAAAUGUCAACAACACCUAAUGGCUACACUAAUUACCUGCGCCUUGAAUAAAUUUUAUAUGAUAAAAAGAAGGGAAUGUGAGGAAUAAAGUGAACAAUCUGCUUCUUUGAAAAACGAAA